ACUACCAAGUAACCCAAAAAAUCUACUUCCAUGCCUAGACUCCUUCAAUUCUUCAUUAUCUCCAUUCUUCUUCUUCUCCUAGUUUUUUCGGCCAUUGGAGAAGAUAAUGAAUACGUGUUCGAAAAAUCUAUAAAUAGAAAGUCCAACGAUCUAAAAAGAGAAAAACUCAGCCAUUUCAGAUUCUAUUGGCAUGACAUCUUAAGUGGCUCGAAACCAACCUCUAUUAUGAUCGUACCACCACCCACAACCACCAUCGCCACGGGAUUCGGCCUAAUAAACAUGAUGGAUAAUGCCCUAACCCUAGGACCAAAAUUGAGUUCCAAAAUUGUUGGAAGGGCACAAGGGUUUUAUGGUUCAGCUUCACAAAGUGAAUUAAGUAUAUUAAUGGUCAUGAAUUUUGUGUUUAUUGAAGGGAAAUAUAACGGUAGCACGUUAGCCGUGCUCGGCCGGAAUUCGGUGUUCGAGACGGUUAGAGAGAUGCCGGUGAUUGGUGGCAGUGGGCUUUUCCGAUUUGCUAGAGGGUAUAUUCAGGCAAGGACUAAGUCAUUGGAUUUGAAAACUAAGGAUGCUACAGUUCAAUAUGAUGCUUAUGUGUUACACUAUUGAGUUUGAAUUAUAUUGUUUUAUCUUAUGUUAAGUUUAUUUAGUUAAAGUUGUAUCAUUUUCUUAUGUUGGCUGUCAGCUACAUUAAAUAAUUAUGUCGCGACCACAUAAUCUUUUGAGGAGUGUUCAAAUUCCACCAAAGGCAAUGUUAGAUGAUUCUCUGCUAUCAGUCUAAGUUUUGAUGAACUGAGUUAUAUAUUGACUGUAUAUGCUUGUGAAAACUAAGAAGUAGCUAGUACUCGCUGAAUUAGUCUAGGCGCGCAAGUUACCGGACACCUAUGUUGUUAUAAUAAAAAUUCUGUUUUAAUAACAACAUGGUUUU